AUGGGCCUCGGGGCCCGCGUCCCCCCUGGCCGCUGGCUCGCCGUCCCGGGCGCGCCGCGCCUGCUCCCCGCGCUGCUGCUGCUGCUGCUGCUGGCGCGGCCGGGAGCCGGGGCGGCGCCGGCCCGGAGCGCGGCGCAGCCGCGCGACCUGGGGGCCCGGAGCCCGGCCGCCCUGGCCCGCCCCGCCCACCGGCCCGCGAGCGGCGCCUCGCCGCCCCGGAGCCCCGGCCCGCCCGCCUCGCCGCCCCGGACGCGGCGCUACACGCUGACCCCCGCCAGGCUGCGCUGGGACCACUUCAACCUCACCUACAGGAUCCUCUCCUUCCCCCAGAACCUCCUGAGCCCCCGGGACACCCGGCGAGGCCUGGCUGCCGCUUUCCGCAUGUGGAGCGACGUGUCCCCCUUCAGCUUCCGGGAAGUGGCCCCCGAGCAGCCCAGCGAUCUCCGGAUAGGCUUCUACCCGGUCAACCACACCGACUGCCUGGUCUCCAGCCUGCACCACUGCUUCGACGGCCCCACCGGCGAGCUGGCCCACGCCUUUUUCCCCCCCCAUGGGGGCAUCCACUUUGAUGACAGCGAAUACUGGGUCCUGGGCCCCACGCGCUACAGCUGGAAGAAAGGCGUGUGGCUCACAGACCUGGUGCACGUGGCCGCGCAUGAGAUCGGCCACGCGCUGGGCCUCAUGCACUCGCAGCAGGGCCGGGCACUCAUGCACCUCAAUGCCACGCUUCGAGGCUGGAAGACACUGUCCCAGGAUGAGCUGUGGGGGCUGCACCGGCUCUAUGGCUGCCUGGACCGGCUGUUUGUGUGUCCCUCCUGGGCACGAAGGGGUUUUUGUGAUGCCCGCCAGCGGCUGAUGAAGAGGCUGUGUCCCAGCAGCUGUGACUUCUGCUAUGAGUUCCCCUUCCCCACUGUGGCCCCUACGCCCCCACCCCUGAGGACCAAAACCAGGCUGGUGUCUGAGGGCAGGAAUGUGACCUUCCGCUGCGGCCAGAAGAUCCUCCACAAGAAAGGCAAAGUCUACUGGUACAAGGACCAGGAGCCCCUGGAGUUCUCCUACCCCGGGUACCUGGCCCUGGGCGAGGCACAGCUGAGCAUCAUUGCCAACGCCAUCAACGAAGGCACCUAUACCUGUAUCGUGCGCCGGCACCAGCGGGUGCUCACCACCUACUCCUGGCGGGUCCGAGUGAGGAGCUGAGCCCGGAGCCCGGGCCCAGGCCCGUGUGAUAAAGCACCUUUUCUCUCAA